AUGCUCGUGACAAGAGAAGUUCAGGUGACUCACUAUUAUCCAGUUGUAUUGCUUGAUACAACCAUUGCAAUUGGAGAGCUGGGAUGGAAAACCUAUCCUCUAAAUGGGUGGGAUGCUAUAACAGAAAUGGAUGAAUAUAAUCGUCCUAUCCACACAUACCAGGUAUGUAAUGUUAUGGAACCCAACCAAAACAACUGGCUUCGUACAAAUUGGAUCUCACGUGAUGCUGCCCAGAAAAUUUAUGUGGAAAUGAAAUUUACACUGAGGGACUGCAACAGCAUUCCAUGGGUGCUGGGGACAUGCAAAGAAACAUUCAACCUUUACUAUCUGGAAUCAGAUGAAUCCCAUGGAAUUAAAUUCAAGCCAAACCAAUACAGCAAAAUUGAUACUAUUGCAGCUGAUGAAAGUUUUACUCAGAUGGAUUUGGGAGAUCGCAUCCUGAAACUGAAUACAGAAGUUCGUGAAGUGGGACCAAUAAACCGAAAAGGAUUUUUUCUUGCCUUUCAAGAUAUUGGGGCAUGCAUUGCUUUGGUUUCUGUCCGUGUUUACUACAAAAAGUGUCCUUUCACUGUUCGGAACUUGGCUAUGUUUCCUGACACCAUUCCAAGGGUUGAUUCUUCUUCUUUAGUGGAAGUACGAGGUUCUUGUGUGAAGAGUGCUGAAGAACGGGAUACUCCAAAGUUAUAUUGUGGAGCUGAUGGGGAUUGGCUAGUUCCUCUAGGACGAUGCAUAUGCAGUGUUGGUUAUGAAGAAGUGGAUGGUUCAUGCCAUG